AUGAUCUUUUUUUUUUUGUCUCACAGACUGAAGGAGAGACUGAAGAAAAUGUCCAGUCAAAUGAAAUAUGAUGAGGAAAAGAGAAAAGCUCUUCAGGUAAUACAGCAGCGGACAGAUUUUGUCUGAUGUCGCACUUUAGCAGAAAGCUAAAACACUGAUUUAAAGGGAUAUUCUGGCGUAAAAUUAAUUUAGGGUCAAACACACCGUAACACCGAGUAAGACACCCCCUCAAGAGAUGAAUGUUGCCGACUGCUUGCUUUUCUAGUUAUACCAACUUUAGUAACAACCGCACAAUAGCAAUACACAGCGGCCUGAGGAGCCAUAAACAAACCUCAACCAAAACGCCACUCUAUAGCCUCAAAUAAUGCUCAGAACAGCAUCUAAAUCAACGGUACAUCUAGGGUCCCAGCCACAGCACUCGACACCAAACAUCUUUUUAGCUUUGCCUAAUUUCUUUAACAAAGAGACUAAACACAACUCACCCUCCCUCUUCCAGCAGCUGCUUGUUUGUAACGAGACCUCAGGCCAGUCCAUUACGACAACAGCGGGGUGACACAGCUCAGGGAAGAACAUUUAUGAUCAUUACUUUAUCAUUUCUAUGAAGUAAUAAUCAAUCAUCAUAUUAAUCAUUUUGCACGGCAGACGUGGAAGUUUUUCUGCUUUUGCAUCUCGGUCUGAUUGCAUUUCCAUGAAGAAAUGAUCAUAAAUGUUCUUCCUUGAGCUGCGUCCCCCCGCUGUAGUCUGUAAUGGACUGGCCCAAGGUCUCACUACAAACAAGCGGCUGCUGGAAGAUAGUAGGUGAGUUAUAUUUGGUCUCUUUGCUGAAGAAAUUAGACAAAGUUAAAAAGAUGUUUAUUGCUAGUACUAUGGCUGGGACCCUAUAUGUACUGUUGAUGAAGUUAGGUGCUGUUCUGAGCAUUAUUUGUGGCUAUAGAGCAGAAAAUUAAUUUUACGCUGGAAGAUCCCUUUAAUGUCAUUCUGCUGAGGCUAAGCUCAUAACUUGUACAAAAGAGCAGACCCUGAAAAUUGUUACAGAUAUUACAACAAGAGAUUAAGAGAAACCAUAACUUAAAAAGAAUAAAAUCAUAUUUCUGAUCUUUGCAGGUGGAAAAUGAGGCUGCUGUGGCAGAGAUCAGAGGGCUGCAGGAGCAUCUGGCCACUGCAGAGCAUGUAGCUGACAGCCUUCGCAGAGAGCUGAGGGAGCUGGGCACCCGUCAGGGCCACAUUAACACCGAGCUGCACCAAGCCCGGUUACAGGUGGCCCAACUCACCCUACAGCUGUCUGAGGAAAACCUGCUCCUCAGGGAAGAGCGUGCCAACUGGGCCUUUGAAAGAGAAGCUAAUAAACACGCAGCAGAGGUGAGGAUGCAGCAGAGAUUGAUGCUGCAUGACCUACAUGUCAACCUGAUAUUAUCUUGACUGUUUUUGUGUCAAUAAAGGUUGAUAAGAAAAAGCUACAAGAACUGAGCUGUGAGGUGCAGAGGAAGGAGGAGUGGCUGCGGGAGGAGAGGAUGGAGAGAGAGAAACUAGAAGUAGAACUUGGAAGAGAGAGAGACCGCAAUCAAGUAAGUGAACCUGAGAACAUUGCGACACUUCUGUCCACUACACAAACACAUUCAGAUAUCAAAAAUAACCACUUGCAUGCCCCAGAUCUGCAUCAUCGGUCUCUCAGAUUACAUUUUGGAAACUGGAGAAUGAUGGCAGAGUUCAGAGUGGCUCUUUAAUAACUCACACACCUUCGCAAAUAGAAAGACUUCCAUGAACAGUGAGCAGACAUUUAUCCACACUCUAGUGACAGUCGAUGAGCCAAGUCACAUGUGUGGGAGUUCAGAUGGUGUGACCAUACUGUGCUGCCCCCUGCAGGCACUGCUGACUGAUGCCAAACAGGAGUUGCUAGAGCUGAAAGCCAACGUGAAGAGAGCCCAGAGGGAGAGAGAUGAGCAGCAGCUAGAAAAACAGGCAAGACUUUCUCACAAUCUGAAAAUAUCUUCAUAACGUGAGCUUGUUAUCAGUAGUAUCCCAAAUAAGUUUGACAACACAACCCAUCUUUCAUGCUUUCCUCUUUAAAGGUGCUGACUGAAAUCUUUCAACAGCUAUUUGUACUUUUGCAUCAGCAAGUUUUCUCAAUGAGUGAUGCAGUUGACCCUUAAAAGAAAGCAGGAUGAGAUGUUUUCUCUGUUAUGAAACACGACUUAUAUGAGACAAAAACAGCAUAAACAUGAGAGCUACCUCUGUCUCCAAGGAGCACCAGUAUCAACACAAACUUUAAGUUCUUUACAGAAGCUUAAAUGUAAUUUGCACAGUUUUGAUACUGGACUUUCUGCACAACCUGCAGAACCUUUGUCUUUGCUACUUUGUUCAUUAUUAUUAUUAUUAUUAUUAUUAUUAUUAUUAUUGUUAUUAUUAUCUAAAAUUUUCAUUAUUAUUAUUAUUAUUAUUAUUAUUAUUAUUAUUAUUAUUGUUGUUGUUGUUGUUGUUGUUAUUAUUAAUAUUAAUAUUGUCAUUAUUAUUAUUUUUCACUUUUAUAAACAUACUUUAUAAAAGUCUGUAUGUCUGUGUCCAUGAAAUUGUCUGGGACGUGGUUAAGUAGACAGAAAGAAGGAGUCAAUGGAAACUGUUUACCAGUGACCUCCUGGAUUAUAGAGUGAACCCCCUCCCAGACAGUCUGGAUGCGAUCACAUGACCACAACAAGUGAAUAAAUGUGCCUUUGUGCAGCUCACAUUUAUAACAAAGGUUGGAGGUGCCAGGGUACUUUGAGUAUUAUUAAUCAGUUUUCUUAAGUAUGGUUAAAAUGAUCAUAGUAUCAGUAUUAAACGUAAGAAACAACUUUCAGCUAAUUCUAAAGAAAAACAAUAGUAGGCCAUGCCAUUUAAACAAUGUUUUCAAAGAAAGCAAUUAAACUUUAGAGAAUUUUUUUUUCAUAUAAUCUGUCUGUUUUCCUUUUCCCCUCAACUUCUUGGUUCUAAAUUGGACGCACACAGGAGCUGUUAAACCACAUCCGACAGCUGGAGCAGAAGGUGGAGAGUGUGUCGAAAAAUAAAUCUGAUGUAGAAACACCUUCCUUCGUCUGUGAGUAAUGAAGUCUUCUUGUGAAUAGUGUUAUAGGUAGUAGACUGCAGUGUGAUAAGUCUCGAAGUAAAGAGUCUGGUUAAAACGGCUCCUGACUCUUCCUCUGAAGUGGACCAGGAAGUUUCUCCAGCUUUCCCCAGAUCAUUCUGCUCACCUGUUUUUCUCUUAGUUCACCUGGAACGACCCAGCAGAGCUGAGCUCCUCUCUGAGACACAAAACCAGAGCAAAGAGGACAUGACAGCCUCUGACACUCAGGUAUUUCAACCUAUUCAAAACUAAACAGGAUGAAUCACCUCCUGCAGAGAGCAAAUAUUUAACCAGUGACCCUAUUCAGUCUUAAAGUUGUUUAUGAGAAUGACGGCAACUUGCAGGUUUUACCUCAGCUUUGUAAGAAUUGAUGCUGACUGCCGGAUAGAGCGCCUGACUGCUUGUUUAUUAUAACUAGGUCAAGUUUGACUCCUGAAACAGAGAGGCAGAACAUCACAGCCUUAAAAUCCUUACAACAAACAGAAGCAUUCAGAUAUUUAAGUAACGAUCCGCUUCAUGUCCAGCUCACCCUUUCCUGAUUAAAAUUUGACUCAGCUACUAUCUUAAGAUAUAAAUGAAAUGAUAACAAACAAUGAUUCAGAGACGGUUUUAUUAAUUUAAAGAUGGUUUAUUUGUAAGGCGAAGAGGAUUUCAGUCAACAAGGCUUCCUAGUGAUAGAUUCUGAUCAGUGACCUUGCAGGUGAAAUUGAUGUAAACUGAGCAUUUCAAGUUACAAAAUUAACCUCCUUAUUUGUUAAAAAUGACAUUUAAUUGAAUAUUUCUAUUGAAUAUAGAGUUAGUGAAGGCUAACAGGACUUUAUGUUGAAUAUUUAUGUUAAUGUGUCUGUCCUCAUUCAGCUCUCCAUAUACUCAGAACUUUGCUGUCAAUACACGUCUAUACAUGAAUCAAAUAAAUAUCACGACUUCUAACAAAGUUACUCUUCUUCUGUGCAUCCUUGAAGGGAUAUUCUGGCAUAAAAUUAAUUUAGGAAUAUCCCUAUAAAGGGAUAUUCCCAUGUAAAAUUGAUUUAAGGUCAAACAUACCAUAACACAGAGUAAGACAUCCCCUCGAGAGAUGAAUGUUGUUGACCGCUUGCUUCUCUAGUUCUACCAACAUGUACUGCUAUGUAUUUAGCAAUACAUAGCAGUCCCAGGAGCCACUUGCUCAACCAAAAAGCCACUCUAUAGCCACAAAUAAUGCUCAGAACAGCACCUAACUUCAUCAACAGUACAUAUAGAGUUCCAGCCAUAGCACUAGCCGCAAACAUCUUUUGCCUAAUUUCCUUUAUCAUUACUUUAUCAUUUCCUUGAAGUAAUUAUCACCAUAUUAAUCAUUUUGCACUGCAUAUGUGGUAGAUCUGCAGUGCUGGUUGGCCCAGCCAGGCUAGGUUCUGAUUGCAUUUCCAUGAGGAAAUGAUCAUAAAUGUUCUUCCUUGAGCUGCAUCCCCCCGCUGCGGGGACUCGCCUGAGAUCUCGGUACAAAUAAGCGGCUGUUGGAAGAGAGUGGUUGAAUUGUGUUUAGUCUCUUUGUUAAACAAACCAGGAAAAUUAAAAAGAUGUUUGUUGGCUAGUACUAUGGCUGGGACCCUAUAUGUACUGUUGAUGAAGUUAGGUGCUGUUCUGAGCAUUAUUUGUGGCUAUAGAGUGGCGUUUUUGUUAACGUUUGUGUGUGGUUCCAUAGACCACUGUGUAUUGCUAUUGUGCGGUCAUUACUAAAGUUGGUGUAACUAGAGAAGCAAGCGGUCGGCAACAUUCAUCUCUUGAGGGGGGUGUCUAACUCGGUGUUAUGGUGUGUUUGACCCUAACUUAAUUUUAUGCCGGAAUAUCCCUUUAAGUUGCAAUUACAACUGAGAGACGCACUCACCAGCUCUGAAACUGCAGGACAGGAUCUCCCUAUCAGAGAUAAUCUCUGAUUGUGUGUUUGUGUGUGGGCAUAAUAAAACAAUAAUCAGCUUCUGUCUUUACUCAGCAGCACUGUGACACUCACACUGAUGACAGGAAGCCCCAGGUCCAACUAGAACUCAUCAACCCCAUCCUAAGGUGACUCUCCAGUAUUUCCACAAGGUCACACAGGACAAAACCUGUUUUUGUCUUCAUGACUGGGACCGCCACUCCCAAAAUGUUACGACAUGACUUCAUUCACACUCUUGGCCGUGGCAGACGGGUUUAUUACAGCUGUGGUUCCACUCACUUUGCACUUUGCACAACAAUGUGGAGUGAAAAUAAAAGUGUUAUAUUGCUUAGGGAGUAAAAAUAGAAUUAAUUUAGCAAGCAGUAAAUCUACAGACGCAAGGACUUGAUUUAAUUAAUUUUAUUCAUUUACAUUUCUCUUUCUCUCUGCAGUGAGCUGUCUGACGCCCCCAUGUGGUGA